GCGGACCCAACAAAGCAACCAAGAGAGGUCGGCCAGUGUCCAGUCCGCAUGGAUGAGCGAGGAUGCGUCCAAGGAGACCGACGACUUCCUCAUUCAGCCAAGACACAAGGGGAGACCUGGUCGGGAAUCCUGAUGAGGUUUUGGGACAUCUCCUACAACUACUGGACCAAUAUUGUGCUGUUGAAGCAAAACCGUUUUUAAAUUAUUGUAGGUAAGGGUCUCCUAUGGCAUUUUAGCGGAAACAUUUUUUUGAAAAAUAUAAUUUUUUUUCUCUAUUUUCGGGUUCUGUUGGGACUCCUGAUGAGGUUUUGAGACAUCUCCUACAACUACAGGACCAGUAUUGUGCUGUUGAAGCAAGACCGUUUUUAAAUUGUUGUAGGUUUUGUUGGGACUCCUGAUGAGGUUUUGAGACAUCUCCUACAACUACAGGACCAGUAUUGUGCUGUUGAAGCAAGACCGUUUUUAAAUUGUUGUAGGUUUUUUUGGGACUCCUGAUGAGGUUUUGAGACAUCUCCUACAACUACAGGACCAGUAUUGUGCUGUUGAAGCAAGACCGUUUUUAGAUUGUUGGAGGGUUUCCAUAGAGAGACUACCGACAGACUUCGACCCCCGCGUGCGACUUUGUGUGAGAAACGGCGACAGCGGAGGAUGCAUGUGCACGCACGAGCCAGUCUGCCCCACAACAAGAGCAUAGAGGAAAAAUAAGUGGCAGGUGGGGUGCAGCCGAGCGAGAACACACCUGAUGUAAACAUGGAGCCGAGUCCCCGGCUGCAGGGCGAGGAAGGACCAGGAGCAGUUGAGUACGUUAGUCACGUAAAGGCGGCAGCUGAAGUUCUCGUUGUCCGGAAUAUCCAGCUUCUCAUACCCUGGCCCUGAGGAACUCAGCACUUGGAGCUGCAACAGACGGGUGGGUGACAUCCAGCAUUCUUUGUUCGGAAAGGAUUUGUUCCUGUGAAAGGAACUUGGAAGGCUACAGGAUAACAAAACAUUUUGGACCAUUCCACGCUCCCAAAACUGUGGGAACAUUUUGGAGCGGGCAAAGCAAGGUCCAUACAGAGUCUGAUGUGGAUGAACUUGACUGGCCUGCUCAGAGUCCUGACCUGAACACCUUUGGGAUGCAUUAUGUCCAGCAUGUCAGCCAAAGACACAAUGCGAAACAGAAAAGUAUUCAUCCAGACGACGUUGUGCGGGGACUACAGGUUGAUCCUCAACAAAGUUCUGGAGAACAAACUUGUGACGACCCGCGAGUACAACAAUCUUAAAUCCAUCUGCAAAGAGGACGUCGAAGGCCAUGUGGUGGAACUUGUGGAUAAAAUCGUCAACAAGGGAGAAGACACCUGCCAAGCUUUCCUGAGUCUCCUGCAAACGGAUGAAGACCUUCAGACCACUUUUCCGGAGCUGAGGACCUUCACCUUCCCUAAAAAGACCAUCAGAGCUCCGUGCUCGGAACAUGUCCUACCGGCGAGUAAGAAGAAGAAGGUGAGUUGUGCUGUUGGGCCAUAUGAGUCCUCUUCUUGUGGUACAUUGGAAUACCAACGUUUGAACGAUGAGCCGUACCAAAUAACAAGCUGUCCCGUUGGCGUCUGUUUGAUAAUAAACAACCUGAAUUUCCAAGACGGCACCCAAAGAACUGGAUCUGACCGAGAUGCUCAUUGUUUGGCGGAGGUGUUCAGCUGGCUCGGCUUCCGAGUGCUGAUGUGUGAAGACCAGACCAAGCAACAGAUGGAAGACACACUGGAGUUCUUUAGCUCUCUGAACGAAGCCGCGAAACCCCAGGAUUUGGACGUCCAGGAGUUCCGCGACAGCGCUUUCGUCGUUCCUCAGGACGCCCCCAACCACGGCGACGUCUUUGUCUGCUGCGUCCUCAGUCAUGGAGCGAAGGGUGUCGUCUGUGGGGUUGAUUUCCAAACGGUACCCAUUAAAAAAAUAACUAGAACUUUCAAGGCAAGGCCCCGGUCGCCUCUUACUGGCAGACCCAAGGUGUUUUUGAUCCAGGCAUGCCAGGGGAAGCUCCCACACCGUGGUGUGUCAUUACCCCAACACCUGACUGAUGACUCUCAGUCCAUCCCCGAGGAAGCCGACGUCCUCGUUGCUGUGGCAACUGUUGAGGACUACAAAGCCAUGAGACAUACAACGGAUGGCAGCUGGUUUAUCCAAUCGGUGUGUCGGCACCUGAAGGAGGGCUGUCCCAGGGGUGAAGACAUGGUCACCAUCCUUCACCGUGUCAAUGACCAAGUAAGUCGAAAGGAGGCCUCCCAGACGGCGGGUGAAUCAAAACAGAUGCCAGAGGUUCGAUUCACUCUGAGGAAGACACUCGUGUUGUCGCCCCAGCACGACUGAAAGGCAAUUACUAAUUUUUGGGGGGUGUAGCUUUGCUCCUUUGACUAACAUGUGCUUUUAUUUUAUUUCAUGGUGUUUUGUUUGAUGCACUAUAUUGCCAAAGGUGUUUGGCCACCCAUCAAAAUGAGGAGAAUCAGGUGUCCUAUAAGAUCAAGCACUUAGGCAAGAAUGGGCCGCUCUCAGUGAUUUCCAGCUUGGAACUGUCAUACCUGUGCAACAUCUCCAGUCGGGAAAUGUAACUUUAACUUUGUUAUGAUAAAGUGAAGAUUUUGGGAACAACAGCAACUCAGCAACCAAGAGGUAGGCCAUGUAAACUGACAGAGAAGGGUCAGCGGUUUCCCGGAGCAUUUAAAGUUCCUUUCCUGAAAAACCGACCCCACACCAUAAUUCCUCCUCCACCAAAAUGUCACACUUGGCACAAUGCAGUCCGAAAUGUAGCGUUGUCCUGGCAACCUCCAAACCCAGACUGGUCCAACAGAUUUCCAUAUGGAAAAGGGUGAUUCUGCAUCCCACGCUUUAAAUAAAUAAAUGAUAAAUGGGUUGUACUUGUAUAGCGCUUUUCUACCUUCAAGGUACUCAAAGCGCUUUGACACUACUUCCACAUUUACCCAUUCACACACUGAUGGAGGGAGCUGCCAUGCAAGGCGCCAACCAGCACCCAUCAGGAGCAAGGGUGAAGUGUCUUGCUCAGGACACAACGGACGUGACGAGGUUGGUACUAGGUGGGGAUUGAACCAAUGACCCUCGGGUUGCGCACGGCCACUCUCCCACUGCGCCACGCCGUUGGACUCUGUAAUGUAUGGCUUAGACAAAGCCACACGGCCAUGGAAACACAUUACAUGAAGCUCUCUGUGUACUGUACGUGGGCUAAUUGAAAAGGUCGUGUGAAAUUUGGAGCUCUGCAGCAACUGACUGUGCGCUUCAGUAUCCGCUGACCCCCUCUCUGUCAGUUUACGUGGCCUACCACUUGGUGGCUGAGUUGCUGUUGUUCCCAAAAUCUUCACUUUUAUUAUAACGAAGUUAAAGUUACAUUUCCUGACUGGAUAUGUUGCAGUGGCCUAGUGGUUAGAGUGUCCGCCCUGAGAUCGGUAGGUUGUGAGUUCAAACCCCGGCCGAGUCAUACCAAAGACUCCAUCCAUCCAUCCAUUUUCUACCGCUUGUUCCCUUUCAGGGUCGCGGGGGGCGCUGGCGCCUAUCUCAGCUACAAUCGGGCGGAAGGCAGGGUACACCCUGGACAAGUCGCCACCUCAUCGCAGGGCUACCAAAGACUCAAGGGUUGGAAUUGAGGGUUAAAUCACCAUAAGUGAUUCCAGGGCGCGGCACCGCUGCAGCCCACUGCUCCCCUCACUUCCCAGGGGGUGAUCAAGGGGAUGGGUCAAAUGCAGAGGACAAAUUUCACCGCACCUAGUGUGUGUGUGACAAUCUUUGGUACUUUACGUGGCCUACCACUUGGUGGCUGAGUUGCUGUUGUUCCCGAAAUCUUCCAUUUUCUUAUAAUAAAGUCGACAGUUGACUUUGGAAUAUUUAGGGGCGAGGAAAUUUCACGACUGGAUUUGUUGCACUGGUGGCGUCCUAGGACAGCUGCACGCUGGAAAUCACUGAAAGCGGCCCAUUCUUUCACAAAUGUUUGUAGAAACAGUCUCCAUGCCUAAGUGCUUGAUUUUAUACACCUGUGGUGAUUAGGACACUGAUUCUG